GCGGUCCCGUUUACAACUGGGCGCAUGGAAACAAGGCCCGAGUUGAAUACUUGCUACCUGCUGCUGCCGGUGGGUUCCAUUUUCCGACGUCUUUCAUUUAUUCAUUUCUUUCUUCCUGCUUUACAAAUAGAGCGGUGAUGGAAAAGCCAACAAGACGAAUCUAAGCACACCCAAAAUCGUUUUUGACCCCGUUCUGUUCUUUCUUGACCUUGAUUCUUCUUUCUAAAGUUAAUUCAUUAGUGGAACUGUAGAACUCGGUUAUGGAGGAUCAGCUGGGCCUGCUUAAAGUAAUUGUUGUGCAAGGGAGAAGGUUGGUGAUAAGGGAUUUCAAAAGUAGCGAUCCUUAUGUAGUAGUCAAGCUGGGAAAUCAGACUGCAAAGACCAAGGUGAUAAACAGUUGCCUUAAUCCUGUAUGGAAUGAAGAACUAAGUAUCCCCCUCACUGAACCUGUUGGAGCUCUAAACUUGCAAGUGUUUGAUAAAGACCGUUUCAAGCCAGAUGACAAAAUGGGACAUGCACAUCUCAGCCUUCAACCGAUACUGGUUGCUGCUAGAUUGAAGCGGAUCUUAGGGGUUUCUUCCGGCGAGACGACAUUGAGGAAAGUUGUACCGGACAGUGACAACUGUCUUGUAAGGGAAAGCUCAGUUUGUUGUAUAAAUGGUGAGGUUGUGCAGGAUGUUUGGCUGAGACUUUGUGGAGUGGAGUCUGGGGAGAUAGAGCUGAAGCUUAAGUUGAUCAACCCUCCAGUUGGUUCCUCAAAAUAGCAGCGUAGGAUGGCCUGGGCAUAGGUGCUCUACUAUUUUAAUAGAUGACCAAAUUCAGAUGUGUUUUGGAAAUAUUUGGUCAGAUCUAGGUAAAUUGCUCUACUAUUUUACUAGAUUAAGCCAACUUGCAUCUUCAAGGUGUGAAUUCGCCAUGAUCUAACAGCCAUUUCUAUUGUUAGUGCCCUCUGAAGAUGCAAUCUGCCUUACUCCUACAAAUAGACAUAAUUUUCUUUUUUCUUUUUUGUAGUUGAUUGUAUAUCUUGUUUGAGCUGGUUGAUUGAUCUUGUAUAAACUUUAUAUUUGUAUAAUUCUAGUUGAAUGGCAAUGGAACUAUGUAUACUUUGCCUA